AUGAGUGCCCAAGAAGGAGGAGGCUACCUCGGGCCAAUGACUUACAAUUGUCUGAUUGGGCCGGCAUUGAAUAAUGUGAAGCCGUCACACUCAGGAACUCCAGAAGCUACCGAUGCCUUGGCUGUGAGUAUUUAUUCGAAUAUAAUCUGAUGAGUCAUCUAGAAUAAUUGUUAUCACUUGCAGGGUCUUGAAAAGUCUUUUUUAAAGGCAGAGAAGGAGUCUCCAGCCUUUCUUUAUGAUUUGGCAAAGGUUCUGAUAGAAGAAUCGAUGGUCAACAUUGAUAUUCAGGUAAUUUACUCUAAGUUGCUGUUCAAUUUAGGAAGACAAUGGUUAAUUUUAAUCGUUUUAGGAGUCAUUCCUUCGAUUGCAAGCCCAAGCCCCUUCGACUGAUCUCGAGUUGAAUGAAUUGUCACAUAUCCCCAAAUUCGCAGCCAUAUCUGAGAAGGCCAUUCAUCUGAGACGUGUCCUUUCCCGAAUCCCUAAUGAAAUGACCGAUCGCCGUCCUUUUCUCGAGACUAUAAAGGAGAUAGCCACCUCCAUUCGAGUGCUGCUCGAUGCCGCUAAUGAGAUCGUCAAGUCUGUCCCUCCAAAUGUUCAUCCAUGUGAGUAUCUUUUGUACUCGUUUUAAAGGGGGAAUUACGACUCUUGAAGAGUAUGCUGUAAUUACAGUUGAGAGGGGGGAACUGUUAUUAUGGGUCUUAACUAUUGCAGAAAUACUUUUCUUUCUUUUGAGGAAAUGUUGUUGUAAGGCUGAGUGGAUGGGAAGGGGGAUUUUGUGCAUUUCAAAAGGUUGUAGACGUCAUGUGUUGGUAGUAUUUUUGGACCAGGAAGGGCUUGGUCCGUUAAUCUUUGAGGUCGUAUGGAUUGUAAAUUUGUUUUUAAUGUGAUAUGGGGGUGUUAUCUGUCCGUCUAAUCUACAGUUGACCCGUUAAACUAGCGCUAGUCCCCACAUUUUCUGCUUUAACAACCGCGACUCUGAAAAUUGAGCAGUCUGUAUUACACUAGUGGAUAGAUGCCAGGUGGUGAGAAAUAACCAAAUGAGCUUAAGGUCUUAUCCAUCUCAUUUCAGCGAUUGAAAAACGGAAGAGGGAGUUCGUACAUUACUCGAAGCGAUUCAGCAAUACUCUCAAAGAUUACUUCCGUGUCCAUGACGCCGGCCAGGUGUUUGUGGCCUCUAAUCAGCUCAUCUUCCAAACCAUCCAACUGAUUCGUUGUAUCAGAGAACGGGUUACAAUCUGA